GGACAUUUUGAUGUUCUAUAGUCGACCCCUAUGGCGGACAAGGUCAGAAUUGGCAGCAUAAUGCGCCAUCACCUGGUGAUCAUGUUGCGACAAUACCUCCUAAACCUUUUCCACCACCUGUCGGUUUGGCAAGACCACCGUACUCGCCCAUACAAGCUCCUUCAUCUCAACCACCUCCACCUCCACCUCUGGCUCCUUACACGAGCAGCAGUGGAGGUUCUGGUUCGAACUAUUCUGGUCUGGAAACUAAACUUCCACCGCCUUCUGCGGGCAUGGCUUUAGGUUUUCUAAGAGCACAUUUUCAUAUGAAGAAUUAGCUAUGGCAACAGAUGGCUUCUCGAACGCCAACCUUCUUGGUCAAGGUGGUUUUGGUUAUGUGCACCGAGGAGUUCUUCCGAAUGGUAAAAAGGUUGCAGUUAAACAGCUUAAAUCUGGAAGUGGACAGGGGGAGCGUGAAUUUCAGGCUGAGGUCGAGAUCAUCAGUCGAGUGCAUCACAAACAUCUCGUUUCUUUGGUUGGAUACUGCAUCACCGGGACCCAAAGAUUGCUCGUAUACGAGUUUGUUCCAAAUAAUACCUUGGAAUUCCACUUGCAUGGAAAGGGGAGACCUACAAUGUAUUGGCCCACGCGGUUAAAGAUUGCUCUUGGUGCUGCGAAGGGUCUGGCAUAUCUUAAUGAAGAUUGUCAUCCAAAAAUUAUUCAUCGGUAUAUUAAAGCAUCUAAUAUUCUUUUGGAUUUUAACUUUGAAGCGAAGGUCACAGAUUUUGGUCUCGCAAAGUUUUCUUCGGACACAAAUACUCACAUUUCCACAAGAGUGAUGGGAACAUUUGGGUAUUUGGCUCCUAAAUAUGCAUCCUCUGGGAAACUUACUGAGAAGUCCGAUGUAUUCUCCUUUGGAGUCAUGCUUCUCGAGUUGAUUACUGGACGUUGACCUGUUGAUUCAAAUCAAUCUUUCGUGGAUGAUAGUUUGGUAGACUGGGUGAGUAGUCACUUACACCAUGAUGUCUCUCUCUCUCUCUCUCUACCUGCCUUUUUUUUGGGGCCGUCUUUUCUCAUUAGUCGCUUCAUGAGC